AUGCUUUCUCCAUUUCUCUUGAUUCUCACAAUUUUAUGCUUUGUUAAAGCUGCGCAAAUACGAUCGCCAAGCAAAAACUUGACAAAAUGUGAUUCAAAAAACGAUACUUUCUCGUGUGCAAUCCUUGGACUGAAGAAUAAAGCUGAUGAACAAGCUCACUACUGUGUACCUUCAAAGCUCGUUCACAAGUUUUCUGCGAAAGGAACCUGUGAAGUUUAUGUGUCGGACAAAAAAAACAAGUUAUGCGCAAGUGACAUGGUGGCUUGCCCCAAUGGACUCAAUGGUCGACAAUGUGUUUAUUGGUUGUUCAUCAAAGAUUACGAUUUGGUUGCUGAUAAAUGUAUUUACUUGACAGAUGAUAUUGAUACUUCAACUCCAAUUGUCAGGACCACAAUAACCACAAAAGAACAAUCAAACAGUACAUUCUCUGAGGAUGAUGUGGUGGCAAAAGAGAAAAGCGCCGCUCCAAUCUCUCACUCGUCGACGCCGUGGUGGAUGACAAUCUACAUGAUUCUAUGCACCCCACUAUCUGGGUUUGAGAAUGACGAGAAUUUGAAUCAAAUUGAUUCUGAUGAAAGACGAUUCACGAAUGAAACUCUUUUCCAUUCCUCAGCUCGUCAUCAUGCAAUCUCACGUCUAUCGCGAAAAGCCACCAAACAUCGUUUGCUCGAACUAAUCUUCACCCGUUUCCCCCAAUUGCAUCGGGUUCAACGCAAAGCGAUGCGUUUUGUACUUAAAAAAGCCUCAAAAUACGAAUUGACGAAUGCUCUCGUCAUCUUCAAGAAGUUGUGCCCGACAAAGCACAAUUGUGAUCUAUUGCCACCGCUUCGUUUUAUGGAAUAUCCGAUACAAUACUCGCGUCAACACCGGAUUGCAAUGUGUAUGAUCCCGAAAAAUAUGUCCACUUUGAUGACAGCAAUUAUGUGCUAUCUUCAUGAUAAAGAACGGAUUAAACGAGUGAAGAAUAAACGAUUUUACGAGCAAUGGGGAGAUGAUCGGACUUGUACCAACAAUGAGGCUCGAUCAUGGGGAAAAGUCGAAAGAGGCGUUGGAGCAAGUCGACAGAAUAUCCGCAAAUUCGUGCUCGUUCGAAAUCCGGCUGAGCGUUUUUUAUCCGCCUAUGAGCAUUUAUGCGUUGAUGCUCGAUAUUGUCUUGGUUGCAAGAAUCAAGCUUGUGUGAUCGAUACUCUCUACGAGAAAUCGAAAAGUUAUCUGAAAAAUGGACAAUCGAUCACUAAAUUGAGACACGAAAUCUAUCACUUUGAUGCGCAUUUCUUUCCACAAUCAUGGCGUUGCGAUUUUCAAACGAUGCGUACCGCUUAUACACUCAUUCAUGUGACGAGCAAGAAACAAGAAAAGUUAGCUGAUGAUAUGGCUCAUUAUUUCAAAUGGAAAGGCGUUUCGAGUGAAGAUGUGAAAUUUGUUCACAACCAUAUCGCAAACGGUCGAAACAGUCACUCGACCGUCAACAAACAUCGAUCGAUGAACAAGAAAGACCGGUCGAAUCUCUACCAUACCCCAUCGACGUUGAGGAAAUUUCUCAGUAUUUUCUACUUUGAUUACCUGAUUUUGGGAUACUCCCUUCCAAAAGAAUCAUUGAUU